CCAAACUCUCACCCUCCUCACCUCACUUCAAAAUCCUUCGUUUUUCUAAUGGACCGGAAGAUCAACUUCAUCGACAUCCUCAAAGACAAGGCCUCCAUCCUCCGCGCCACCCUCUCCAUCAACCGCCACGUCUCAUCCAUCCAUGUCUCCGUCCUCUGUGCCACUUCGCACGACCCUUCGUCGCCUCCGUCGGAGGAUAGAAUCUCCGACAUCCUCGACCUGGGAAAGUCGUCGCGUCUCGCUGCUUGCACUUGCAUUGACAUCCUCAUGGAGCGUCUCCACGCCACCCAGAACGCCUUCGUCGCGCUGAAAUGUCUCUACACGGUCCAUAACAUAGUCUCCAAAGGCUCGUUGAUUUUCAGAGACCAGAUUUCUUACCAUCCCAGCUUUGGAGGGCGUAACUUUCUCAACAUGACCAUGUUCAGCGACAAGUCGGAUUCGGAUACGUGGGAGUUUUCGUUAUGGGUGAGGUGGUACGCCGCUGUGGUCGAACAGAAUCUGAAGGCGGCUAGGGUGAUCGGUUAUUAUCUUAGCUCGGAAAAUAAGAAAGUGGGAUAUCAAGUAAAGAAGUUGCCGGUGUUGAAUUCUGAAUUGGUGGAUGAGAUUGAAGGGCUCGUUGAAUUUGUCGUCAGAAUCUCCGACGCGCCGGAAUCGUUGAGCCUGCAGAGGAACAAUUUGGUUUACGAGAUCGUCAAGGCGGCGAGUGAGGAUUACAGGGCGGUUCAGUGUGAAAUAUCGUUACGGGUUAAAGAAAUUGAGGACAGGGUGGAGAGACUGAGUCUGUCCGAGUUGACUCGGGUGGUGGACGCGCUGAGGAGGCUGGAGGAUUGCAAGGAGAGGCUGGUGCUGCUCUUCGUGAACCGGAAAAGGAACGACAGGUUGUGGGAGUCGGUUCGGAAAACGAGGGCGGAGCUGGCGGAGACGAAGGCGCAGAGGGAGGAGACGAGGCUGGUGGUGAGGACCGUUAGUAGGAGCAGAGGGCGAGACGAGAUGAGCGAGCCGACUCAGUGCUGGAACCCGUUUCUUGAACCAGGGCAAUUGCUUCUGUUACCAUCUAGUGGCGGAGGAGGGUGGCUGGGGAUGGGCCCCAGCCCGAUAGCCGUUUGAAAAUAGAAGCGUGACGUCACUCUUGUCCGGGUGGACGGUACAGAUUUGUUUUUGGGUUUGGGAAAAUUAGGGGUUUUUUUUAGCCGUGAGCUCCCUAAUAAGUAUAUUUAUCCAAAAAAGAGAAAAGAUAUGUGCUAUAGAUAUUGAUCUUUGUCAAAUAAGUGUGUAUGAUCAGUAAUAUAGUACAUAAAAGUUUUUGAUAUCUAAAAAUUUUCGAAUGCACACGAUGUUAUUUCAAUUUUUUGUUUCAGUAUUUUGUGGUUACGGUUAACGAUGUUAAUUGUGAUUUGGUUAGUAUUCUUCUUGA